AUGGAGUCUCACAGACACGGAGUGAGUGGCUCUUCUCCAGACUUCAGUAGAAUACAACAGGGCUACAACAUGCAGCAGCCUAGGCCUGGUCCCAGAGGCAGCCCUCGACCUCACAGCGACAGCAGCAGCAUGUUCGGGGUUAGGGUACAAGUCCAGGGGAUUGAGGGUCUUCCUUACGUUGUAUUGAACGGGGAUAGUAGAGCAGCUCUGCCAUCUGGUGGCCUGGAGAGCUACAGCAGGAACUGGGACCACCAGGAAGUGUUUGUCAACGCCCACAGUCAGUCUACAGAGUACACCUUCAUGGUGAAUGAUGGGCGAUCUUCAUUCGGUAGUCCCAAUGUGGAGCGAUCUUCAUUCGGUAGUCCCAAUGUGGAGCGGUCUUCAUUCGGUAGUCCCAAUGUGGAGCGGUCUUCAUUCGGUAGUCCCAAUGUGGAGCGAUCUUCAUUCGGUAGUCCCAAUGUGGAGCAAUCUUCAUUCGGUAGUCCCAAUGUGGAGCGCAGACUUCCCAACCACCAGAGGGAGUAUGCUCGUGGAGGUGCUCUGACUGAGGUUAUGGAGUCACAGAGGAUUCCGCUGGCGUCCGCUGCAUUCAUGUUCGACUUCCAGGAGUCACAUUUACAGCAGUCACAGAGGACCGUGCCGACAUCUAACACGGUGUUGAACUUCCAGAGACACCCAGAGCUGCUGAAACCCUACAACCCAGACAGGAACAGCCUCAGCCCCCUCCUAGUCUCCACCCGAAGACUCUCUGUUCCCCCCACUCAGACAGCCUCUAUACCUAGGCCGGGACAUCUCACCAGGGAUCUCCAGAGUGGGGCAGAGGCCACCCUGAUCCAGGCAGCAGGGUCUAGACCAGGAGCAGCCAGGAUCCCUCUGCCUGCUGGGGGUGUAGAGAGGGCCCCCACCCCUGUCUCGGCCCCCACCCAGACCCAAUGCCCAGGCCCUGCCCCUGUCUCAGCCCCCACCCAGACCCAAUGCCCAGGCCCUGACCCUGUCUCAGCCCCCACCCAGACCCAAUGCCCAGGCCCUGCCCCUGUCUCAGCCCCCACCCAGACCCAAUGCCCAGGCCCUGCCCCUGUCUCAGCCCCAGCGCUCCACCACUCUUCUUUGGCCACCUUACUAAGCCCCCCAAAUGAGGUCACCAACAUCCCCAGAAGAUCCCCAAACUCAGUGGACACAGAGCCCAUCUCCUCCAUAGGUAGCCUGAUCAACCAGUUCGACAGCCCCCAACAGAUGGGCCGAGCUGGGCCUAGGAGAGGGAGGAUAGCCCCAGAGGACCGGAGGAGGUCACAUAGCGUGGACAGCAGACAACAGUGUCACUCAUACCCAUUGGACCCCUCCAGCCCUGCCUCGGUCAUCAGAGUGGCCAGGGGAGAGACUCCAUGCGGAUCCACCAGUGCCCCAGGGUCACCUAAGGUGAGAGGGGCCAACGGACCCUCCACUGUGAUGUUUAAUAAACUACAGUGGGAGGAGAAGGAGCCUAGCGGGAGGUCAUCCAGAGCAGUGAAUGUGCUGUACGGAGUGGAGAAGACCUCCAUGACCAGAUCCAUGUCUCUCAACCACACGGAGGAGGAGGAGAGAGACAUUCAGAUCAUCACUCCAGAUCUUUUGGAAGGUCAGAGGGGUCAGCACGAGGUCUCAAUUGAACCACAACCAAAUGAAGACACCACCAAAAUGAUACUGUUCACUUACCUCAAUGAUGGGACUACUGAAAAAACCUCCAUCACUGAGACGAAGGUGAACCUGGUAUUUGACAGAGUCAACCAACUGAAGUGGAAGACUGCAGAGAACGUGGAGGAGGAGAUCAGGGACUAUGCUGCUAAGGCCAAGGAGGCCAAGGAACUUCAGAAGACAGGAGCAGAGCUGGAGAGAGAGGUGUCACAGCUGAAGACACAGCUGGAGCAUAAGACCAUGAGUGGUCGGAGUCUGGCGGAGGUGUGUUACAAGGCCCAGACAUACAUGAAGACCAUUCAGGAGGAACUGGACAGGAGACAGGAAGAACUCUCCACGCUACGGGAUAGGCUGGCUCAGAUGGAGGCGGAGCUUGAGGUCGCCAUAGAGGAGCUAGUCCAGGUGAAGACUGAGCGAGAGCAGGGCCACACAGAGAUGAAAGACCUUCAGCAGCAGCUGUCUGAGAUGCAUGAUGAGCUGGACCUGGCUAAGAACACAACACAGGCAGACAGCACAGAGAAACAGCUCCUUCUAAAGGACCUGGCCCAGGUGCGGUUGGACUUCCAGGAGCUCAUUCAGGUACAGGAGGAGCAGGAGGUGCUGCUACACUGGAGGGAGAGGGAGCUGACCGCCCUGAAGGGAGCGCUGAACGAGGAGGUGGAGAGUCAUGACAAGGAGCUGGGCAUUAUGAAGGAGGUGCGCGACAAGGAGGUGCAGAAGCUCCGAGAGGAAGUUGAGGAGGUGAAAGAGAGUAACACAGUGCUGGGCCAGGACAAGAGGGAGAUGGAGGAGGAGAGAGGGGAGGCACGGGGACAGGUGAUUCAGCUGAUGCAGGAGAGGGAGGAACUGAGGGGACAGGUGGAGGAGCUGGAAAGCAGGGUGGAGCAGCUUAACCUCGUCAUCAAGGACUCCAAAACCCUGCAGAGACAGCUGGUGAAAUGCAUAGAGCAACUCAAGAGGGAGAAACGGCAGGUUGAGGAGACUCUAGUGGAGGUGAGGGAGAAGGAAGAGGAGAUGUCCCAGGCAAACAAAGCCCUUCUCGUACGUCUGGAGAAUGUACAGAGCGAGAUGACCCAGCUGAACCACCAGCACAGGGAGGUGAAGGAGAGGCUGAAGGAGGAGAGGAGAAGAACAGAGGAGUUGAAGAGGAUAAAGAGUGAUCUGGACGAGGAGAGGAGACUGCAGAACAGCACUGUGGAGGAACUGCAGAAGGAGAUGAGUACUAUAGUAGAGGGCUGUGAGGCGUCCACUGAGAAGCUCCAGCUCCAGGUUGAUGAAGUCAGAGAGAAGAGCCACUCCGCGCUGUCUGAGCUCCAACAACAGCUGCAGGAAAAGGGAGUGGAGCUGGAGAAAUCCCGACAGACCGCCAGAAAACUGCAGGAAGAGCUGCUUCCCCUGGAGCAGGGUCUGGAGCGGGGUCGUAGAGAGUGGGAGGAGGCCCAGCAGAGAGGCAGACAGCUGGAGAGGAAGGUGGAGGAGCUGGAGGAGAGGAACGCACACGCCCACGAGGACCACGCCCGACAGGUCAAACUCAUGGAGGGUGAGGUGAGCCACCUGGAAUGUGAUCUGAGUGAGGAGAGGAACAGUGCAGAUCUCCUGAUGGACAGAGUGGACCAUGGGAAACAACAGGCCAUUGCUGGCUAA